CGUUCGCAGUGGAGCAAGUUCAGAACAGCAGCACCAGAGGCCAAUCUGUGUCCCACCAAAAUCCCUCCCCAAGUCUGGCACAUUUAAAUUACAUUGCAGAAGGCCUGAUAAACAAAUCGGCAUCUAUAAACACUAAGAGUACCUAUAAUUGUGGUUUAGAUAAGUUUUUAAAUUUCAGGGCGACCUAUAAAUUGCCAGAUAUAUGGCCAGUGCCAGCAGCUGAUCUUUUAAGAUAUAUUGCCUACUUAUCAUGGCAAGGUUUUAAGGCAUCUACCGUUUCUACCUACGUUGCCAGUCUAGGUUAUACCCAUAAGCUUAAGGGUAUGGGCGAGCCCACAACCUCCUUUCUAGUAACAAAAGCCAAAGAAGGGCUAACCCGCAUUCAAGGCGGUCAGUUACUUGAUGUCAGAGCCUCAAUCUCGUUACACCUUCUUACACAGCUUAUAAGUAGCUUGCAGUAUGUCUGCACUAACAGUUAUGAGCAGUUUUUAUUUACAGCUGCUUUCACCCUAGCAUUUUUUGGUCUUUUGCGAUUUUCUGAGUUCACAAAUAUCACUUUUAAAUCAACAUUUAUGGAAGUGACGAUUCGUUGGUCAAAAACCGAUCAGAAGGGUACCUCAGUCUUGCUUCACAUUCCAUUUCACGCGGCCAGCUACUGCCCAGUUCGCAACAUGCAAAGAUACCUUCAACAAAGGCCUCAGGCCGAGUUUAACCACCUUUUCAUUCAUACCAACCUGAAGCCACUCACACGGUUUCAGUUCAAUUCAGUUCUUAAAAAGUCCUUGCACUUUGCAGGCGUAAAAGGUCACAUCAGGUCACAAAGCUUUCGCAUUUGGACGGGCAACUCAUUUAUCCCAACAAGGGGUUCCUGA